AUGUCGCUACACGGCGUGGUGCAGAAGCUACUCUUGGGACUUGAGUUCUGUCUCUCGGUCACUGCAGUGGUCUGUUUUGUCCGGGAACUCCCUGAGCAUGCAAAUGAUGAGAAGAUGCUUGGACAUUUCGGUUGCAAUGUGGACUUGCGUACAGGUCUAUGCUUUGCAUCGAACCCAGAAGCCAUCGAAACGGUCACCAAGAUGAACUCAAGGGCUCGGGAGUCCAACUUUGGAUUAGCAAUCCUCUCCUUGGUAGUUGUACUUGUUCGAUUCGUGUCUUGGCGGCUGAAUUACAGCCCUCGAUAUGCCAACUUGGUAUACGACUUGCUGUUGUCGGGGCUGUGGUGUUUCAACUUGGUCCGGCAGUUCACCUCGACAGAGCUGGCAGGCUGCCGAUAUGAGCACGUCGGACAAAUAGCUGAGCUAGGCAUAUGCAGACUAAACGUUACCUGCGUAAGAAUGGCCACGGUCGCCAUAGUGCUGUACAGCGGGCGAGUGCUGGUAGAUGUCAAGUCCAUAAUGGAAAGCGACCAUAGCAUUUUGUUGCAUGAAAAGAGGUGGGCGCAGGUCGAAAGUGGCGAUGGUUAUGAAGAUGAGCUUCAGAAAGCACAGGCAGGGUCUUUCAGUCCCGUCCUGGCUUUUUUCCCUGACACACAUCGCGAAAUUUGA